AUUCAACACGAGCAUCAAGCGAGUCUUUCAACCAUUUCUCUUGUUGCCUCGACUGGCGUAUCCUGUACCGAUACAAGUCUUUGCUAAUUGGAGCGGUUAUACUCUCAUUUGUGCGCGCGUGUGUUCUUGAGUUAGGAACAUUGUUAAUUAGGAAUGAGAUGGGGGACACGAAGACCCAACAAACACUCGCAGCUGUUGGGCUUGAUUACGUGUCGCUGACAAGCCAAGCUCCACGGAUGUCUUCGACGACGGACAGCAGUGAGGAGUCAGGGUAAGAAGAGGAUUAUCGUGCUGCUUCUGUGCUUUCCCUAGGAAUGAUGAUUUUUGAAGAGAAGAGGUUUGCAUUGGCGUAGUGUAACACAUUAACUGAAAAGUAAAUAACAGAGAACCGGCGACGUACGACGGCGUACGACUGAAAGUACCGGUAUUGUAGACUUUUGAGGUUGUUACUUAGUUCGGCGAUAUUUGGAGUGUUCAUAUACGGAUUUCAGAGAGAUUUCAGGGGGAUUUCACAGAGAUUUCGGAGAGAUUUCAGGGGGAUUUCACAGAGAUUUCGGAGAGAUUUCAGGGUGUUGUUGAAAUUAAAAGUUUGAAAACCAAUUUUCUUCACCACUCAUUUUCUGUUUGUUACAUAACAUAAUCUAUCGUAAACUCCAUAAAUCUAUCAUAAGCUCCAUACAAUAUAUCAUAAGCUCCAUACAAUCUACCAUAAGCUCCAUACAAUCUAUCAUAAGCGCCAUACAAUCUAUCAUAAGCUCCAUACAAUCUAUCAUAAGCUCCAUACAAUCUAUCAUAAGCUCCAUACAAUCCAUUAUAAGCUUCAUACAAUCCAUCAUCAGCUCCAUUUCACUCUCCAAGGGGUCAUUGUAACAAACAAAGGUCAAGCAACAUUGCUUUAGAUGAUUAAAUUUCCAAGUAGCCCUCCCCAUCCCUCUUUUUUAUUCCCCGAAAAUAAAAUAAUGAAAUCCCCUGUACGUCCCAUUUAUCAAAUGUGUCCAAAACAUGAGAUCAUCAUCCAAUCAGAGAAUUCAAAUUAUAUACAUAUCCAAAAAUAACCACGGAUCAAUCUAUUCCAGCUUUAAACAACUGCUGAAUAUUGGUGAUCGUUUUCUUCUCUGUGACGUCAUGCUCUAGGCUCUCUGUUAUAUUAAAGAUUUACAGCAACAGCAAAAAAUAGUUUUUAGUUGGCAUGGGCUAUAAAUAAUCAUUUGUAAAAAAAAAUAAAAAAUUAAUGUGUUUUCCCAAACUCUAUUUCUGUUCAAACAAUCAAACGUUACAACUUUUUCGGGUUGAACGUUGCCGAAUCGAUCAUAACACCGGACACCGGAUCAUAACACCGGAUCAUAACACCGGACACCGGAUCAUAACACCGGACACCGGAUCAUAACACCGGACACCGGAUCAUAACACCGGAUCAUAACUCCUAACACCGGACACCGGAUCAUAACACCGGACACCGGAUCAUAACACCGGACACCGGAUCAUAACACCGGACACCGGAUCAUAACACCGGACUACGGAUCAUAACACCGGACACCGGAUCAUAACACCGGACACCGGAUCAUAACACCGGACUAAAUUACAAUUUAUAAAGUGACAAAAGUAUAGGCCAAAGUUCAAAUGUCAUAAUAAAAGUGUGCUAAUAAAACUAUAGCUGUCAUAAGAUCUGUGAAAUAAUUAAAAAAAAUAUAAUUUUAAACUUUAUUUUGAAGAAGCGAGAAGAGACAGUGAGUGCCUGGGAGGCAUAUUUAAAUUCAUUUACUGAGAAUACUGUGAUUUUAAUCCGCACCACAGGAAAAAAAAUGUGGGAAUAGCAUGUUUUGGUUUUCAACAACUCAACUUCCGCUUCCAACCAUACAAUAGAGCUCUCCCUGUUCUGAACAUUGAGCUACGUAAACUGAAUUGAGAUCUUUAGAGACGCAAUUUUAAUUUUUAAUUUACAUUUAUCUGCUGUUUAUUGUACUAUGUCGUCUGCUGAGGAAGGCAUCUAGUCGAAACGUCCGCUCUUCAAGCCUAAACAUAUCUUGUUCCAAAAUGUUUCCAAUGUAACAGCACAUUCUAGUCAGUUCAAAUUCUGAUUUUUUUAAUCACGCUUCGUGCUCCUUGGAAUUUAAAUGACUUAUCAGUGCAAUCACUAGGGGUCGAGUGCUAGAAGUGUGGACUCUCACCGAAGGUCCCCCAACCCCCAACUUUAUUAGUAAAGGUACAGGUCGUUCCCAAGUAUUCCUGCAUGACUCGAGCCCCGGCAAUCAAUAUUCAAUGAAGGACAUGUAGUUCCAAUCUGCACAUUAAUUUGAAAAUAAAAUUUAACAUCGCCAACUACUUGAAAUUGAAUGUAUUUAAUGUAACAUUACAUAUACCGGGUAUGCCGAAUAAAAAAAGUCUCUAGUUCCAUUUCACAGACGACUGUUAUAGUUCUCACUUAGGCCUGGCAUGCGUUACUCAUAUAGGCUUGGCCUGCUUUAUUAUUUCUCUAGGUUAGUUAUCAGUUAGUUAUUUGAUUUUCUAUUUUCACCAACAUAUUGUUUUGUCCAUUGCCAGCCCCGGGCUAUCUCCAUGGAAGGAUUUAAACCUAAGUCAAAUUCUACUGCCCGUCCUGUGCGGUGGCUUCAUAGCCGUCGUCAUCUUUGUGAUAGCGUGCUGUCUCACCAAGAGAAAGGCCAAGUAAGUAGAUUUUUUUUUUUUUUGUAUUAUUUAGAAGCACAACAAAACCACACAAACAAACACACACACACACACACACACACACCCACACACAAAAACACAGCUAUACAGUUUAAACAUUAUGAAGGUAAAAAAAGGAUCAAUUAACGACUGAAGAAUUAACACACUAAUAACAAAACAGCUGUGACGUCAUUGUAACAAAACAGCUGUGACGUCAUAGACAGUAACAUUUAUGGCCAUCAAAAUGACAAACCCAAAAACUGUAGGUGUUGAGAGAAAUCAGAGAACUGUUUGCCACUUUUGUAAGGGUUUAGUGCGUAGCUAAGAAGUGAUGCACUCAGGAGCACUCUCGACAGCUUUUACGUUAGACAUUAAAAGAAAUUUGAAGCAAAAUUUUACCGUGUGAACUGAAAAAAAGAUUCAACCUAAUUUCCGUCCAUCAAUUUUCCGUCGACGAAAUUUCUUUCGAUCAAAUUUCCGGAUACGAAAAUAUGAUGCAAACAGACAAGAGUAUCGGGCUUAAUAUGUGUCAGCUUUCCCAUUGGUUCGGUCCACCAAUACCAACAAAAAAAAAAAAAAAAAAGAAAGAUUUAUUACGCAAUCAUAUUGAAAGUUACAGAAUCGUGUUAACUUAACACAAAGCUUGGAGUCAUGGGCGCCCGCAAGGGGGGGGGGGACUUAAACCCCCCCCCCCCCUGGUUUGAUUGGAUAAAAAAAUGUAGACAAAAAUAGACAAAAAAUGUAUUAAAGUAAAGAGAAAAUAAAGAGAAUGUAACUAAGCUGAUGUCCUUCCCGUUCGUUCACCAUACAAAGACGAUACAAUAAAUUAAAACUACAUCAAAACAUUACUAAAAGUUUUUGGCCCCCCCCCCUAGAAAGUUUUCUGCGAGCGCCAGUUUAAGAUAAAGAAAUAGAAUUAAUAAUAGUGUCCUGAACACAGGAGGGAAAGGUGGUUGGUGGGGGCACAAACAAUUAAGUUUAAUAUUAUAGUUAGAUGUAAAGUAAUGUAUGAUGUAUAGGCUCUCAUGUUCCAGCUAACAUUAAGUCACGCCCACUGGUUAGUGUUUGACUCAACACAGCUUGUGUAGUAGCCCACUGGUUAGUGUUUGACUCAACACAGCUUGUGUAGUAGCCCACUGGUUAGUGUUUGACUCAACACAGCUUGUGUAGUAGCCCACUGGUUAGUGUUUGACUCAACACAGCUUGCGUAGUAUCCCAUUAAUGAAAUAUAUAUAUUUCAAUGACCCUGUCCGUCGACUUCGUGUUAAAUGCUGCCGCUUCCAAUGGCAGUGUAUAUCCCUCCCUUCAAAUACCCUAUACCAGCAGGAUUGAACCCUGAAGACCUAGUGAGACCCUCCUAUUACCUAUUGGUCCCGGUUUAACUGGUGACGUUAUGACUGGUCCCAUUUUUGAAGCAUGGUAAGACCAGGGCCAUCGCGUCACCUUUGGAGGCCCCCUACUCCACUUUUCGGUUUUCUGUAACUUGCAUUCAAAGUUGACAGUUUACUUUUUGUUCACAUCAAAACUUUAGGUAGGCCCCUUAAAUAUCCACCCCCCCCCUCCACUGGCAGCUCCAGCGAUUGUAGGGCAGACGCGACGGCCCUGGGUGAUAAAAUCUUAGAAAAUACUUUCGUAUGGAAAUAAACAAUUAAAUCUAAUGGUGAAGUGUCUAAUUAAUAACCUGCCAAAUGAUUACGGGCCCUGCUGUACAUUUCCGAACCCUUUCUUAGUGUAUAGACCUAUAAUAUGAUAAAAUGAAAGAAAGAAAACCGAACCAACCCCUGGUGCUGGUCAGCACUUGCGCCCCCUGGUGGCCGCCCAAUGCCUUCGGUGUUCAAGAUGCUGUAAGUAGCAUACCUCGCUCUCGAAAAGUGUCAGCCAUUAGCAGGAAAUGUCGCCAUUAAGUGCGGGGCUGAUUAUGAAGGUCUGUGGUUAAUUUAUCAGCACCAAAAAGCCAGACUAUAGAGUUGGGAUGAAGUGGCUUUUGAAGUUCGUCCUUCACUGGACUACCUGAUUAAAGCAAUGGGGGGGGGCAACAUGGAAAGGGGAAAAACUAUCAGAUGAUGCUAUAUUAACUCUACACUGAUGUAUAGACUAUAUACCACACCAAUAAGACUCCGAGUGGUUAACAGUACAUUUAGCCACACCCACAGUGCCGGACAGAAACCCACUAACCGGAAAAUUAAGGGGUCAUUAAAAUGACAUUUUAGACAUAGUUAGAUCAGCUUCUGAGCAAGCAUAGAAAUAUUAUUCUUGGAAAGUUUUUCAUUUACCCUGCUCCCAUCUGACCUUGACCCGUGUGUCCAAACCCACAAGUCAAUCAAGAAGUUUAUAGGCACCUUAUGCUACAACCAGUGUCCUGGGGCUCAAGAUAGAAUAAGGUGGGUGGGUGGGUGGGGGGAGACUCGAGAUUAGGGGCGGGCAAUACUCACGUAACGCAGACGAUGCUAGCGGAGCCCUAAGGAGCGACCAUUGAACAUACAGGAGAGUACAAAGGAUAAUUUUACUUUUCUAAAGCUGAUUUCUCUUUAGCCGCAAGGUCCCCACUGUGUCUGUGUGUGAGGUCGCGGGUGCAUUGUAUGAGUUACACGUUAAACCUUAUAUUUGGUCGAUACAUAAUAUCUAUAUAUUAAAUGAAUAGGUGGAACAAUGUAAAUGCUAUUUAUUUAGUGAAUAGGUGGAACAAUGAAAAGGGUGCACAAUUUAAGUCAUGACUUAAGAGUACCUGAGCCUAAAGUGAAGGACAAAAAAUGGGAUAGGAGGCAAAAGCAAUCGACUGUUUAUGGCUUGGAGUUGCUAUAUCUGGGGCAGGGUUGGGGGGGGGGGGCUGGUCGUGGGUUCAGUCAUGUCAGAUGUGCCUAAAGUUUCCUCACAAUAAUUUAAUUCUAACGUUAUUUCAACGAGCCUUCUGUUGUAUCAUGACGUUAUUUAAACGGGCCUUCUAAGGAGGCAAAAGCAAUCGACUGUUUAUGGCUUGGAGUUGCUAUAUCUGGGGCAGGGUUGGGGGGGGGGGGCUGGUCGUGGGUUCAGUCAUGUCAGAUAUGCCUAAAGUUUCCUCACAAUAAUUUAAUUCUAACGUUAUUUCAACGAGCCUUCUGUUGUAUCAUGACGUUAUUUAAACGAGCCUUCUGUUGUAUCAUGACGUUAUUUAAACGAGCCUUCUGUUGUAUCAUGACGUUAUUUAAACGAGCCUUCUGUUGUAUCAUGACGUUAUUUCAACGAGCCUUCUGUUGUAUCAUGACGUUAUUUAAACGAGCCUUCUGUUGUAUCAUGACGUUAUUUAAACGAGCCUUCUGUUGUAUCAUGUUUCACACAGACCUUUCCGGAGACGGCGAGAAAGGAGUUGUCAUACCAUUGAAACGUCACACGAUACGUCAGAGUAUGGCAUAUAUGACGUCAUCGAUCAGGUAAAAAUUUGCUUUGUAAUUUUAAUAUAGAAACAAGACGGGUAGGUUGCAAGGCUCAAAAUGAAACUGGUUAACAUACCUAAAAUGUUUCAACUAAGUACAAUUCAUAUGAGAACUAUGUUUUAAAUGUACCCACUAGACUUGGAUGACCAAAUCAUGAACUGGAAAAAACGGGACACACCCAAGGUGGGUUUGUGGGGAUACGCUCCAGCUAAAGGGAGGGCUGGGGGCCUGCGCCGGAAAAUGUUGAUUGAAAUAUGCUCAUUUUAAAUAUUUUGAGACCUAGAAAUCUUUUUAAAUGUAAUUUAACUUUUGUAAUUUAAUUUAAACCCUGAAGCAUAUCAUAAACGAAAACAACAAUUUUGCAAUGAAUACUUAUUUAUUUAUACAUAUUUUACAACAUAAUGCAACACAACAAAUUAAAUGUCUCUAGUCUAGGAUUUAAAUUGAGGAUAUUUGGAUGUUGUCCCAGCCAUUGUUAAAACCUCCUUCUGAUCUAAUAUAAAGUUGUCAAAACUAGAAAAGUCCAUUUCGAAAUUGUAGAGCACCUGCAGGAUUGCAGAAAGGGCCUCCACUCUCAUUUUGUUUCUUUCGUCCGUCCAUUGAAUGUUCAUGAGCGACAAGAUUCUUUCAGUAUUACCAUUAUGGGCAGGGAUCGCAAACACUUAUUGGCACACAGCUUUCCAAAAUAUUACAAGAAGUUAUAUUAUAAAUUAUGAAGUUUACGUGAUUUGAAAAUGUGUUUGGUUUUAGAAACGGGACAUUUGGGCGUCCCGAUAGACUUUUUCGGGACACCGGGUACGAUCGUGAAAAAACGGGACAAUCCCUACACUAGACUGACUAGUCUAGAGCGUCAUUUUGAUUAGACAUUUUAUAAAUAAUAUAUUUAUAUAAAUUGGUAACUUUUUUUUCAGGUUAAAGGUAAAUCAAAAUCCAGUGAAAAGUCCCGUCGUCAAGACAAACUUACUUCAAACUGCAUUCUCGCUUCCCAAAACGAGCUGGGGCGGAGCAAGACUGGGGACAUCUUCACCACUCCGCUGUCGGCACUGCCUCUCAGCGCGAAGCUCGACAGCCUACUCACACCCAGCCUGCCAGAGUGCACCAAACACGAUUGGAAAAAAUUUGACCGCAAAUUCGAGGCAAGCGACCUGAGCCUGCCACAUAAUGGGACAAAGUUGCCCAACAGCUCACACGAAGAAGAGGAGGGCAUCUAUGAAACUCUUGACCGCUACUGGACGUUAACAAGCUCUCUGAAAAAAGACCUGUCCGUCCAGCUUGCGACUACAAACGAUUUACCCGGAAGCGAUGAAACGCUGAAAGUCGGAUCCCCUAUGAUUAAAGAAGAAUGUUCAGGGAACCCUCCAAGCUACAACCCCAAAGUUGACAGUGGCUCUCAUCAUUUUCAAAAUGUGCCCGCCAACUUCAGUCAGACCGCAGCGGAAAGAGUCUGUGAUGAUAAAAUCCUGUGCCAGCUGACACUCUUUCAUAUCUCCAACACGGAUGAGUCAUCAAGACAAGCCGAGACCGUAUAUUACUAUGUUAACCUACAGAGCCUGUCCAUCGACCGCACGGACAGCCUGCCCUCGGUGCUACAGAACGCGCGACUGCAGGUUCUGCCGGACCAGGAAAACAAAGAAAACAAAUCAUCCUCUCGGAGCAUCACGCUUGAGCCGGUCGAGAGCGCCAUGGUCCCCAUGUUGAAUGAAUCUGUGUAUUCGACUCAGAGUGCCUCGGAAAGCACACACAAACGCAAAGUCUCCAUUCCCAAAUCCAGCUCCCCGGGCUAUGAGCAGCCACCACGGACAUGCUCAAAGCGCACACCAAUUCUUUUGGCGAAGAAAUCCGAAAGCUUCAGAGACGCUAAUACUGAGCUGCAGGCAGCUAAAGACAAUUUUCUCCAUUGCAGAAGACGAAGCGAUUCGAGCAACUCUGAGGUCCAGGCGCCGACUCCGGUAGUAUCCCCCACAAAAGUUGGGCCCGAGGCGGAGAAAAUCAUUCGAAAGUUGGGGCCUCUGCCACCUGUGCCGGGGCCUCUGCCACCUGUGCCGGGGUUUCGGCCACCCCUGUGUAGGGCUGAGUCGGAAAACGGGGGUCGUUUGAGACACGCUGCUCGCAUCGCAGGGAUGGAUGUGAAUCCGUCACAAAAUUUUAACAAAAAACAUUCAUCUAGGCCGCUUCCAUUGAGCCCCGACGGCAACAAUUUCAGCCGACACCGAAUUGAGCGGUCCGCGUCAGAAGUUGCCUUUAACAGGUGCGAGGUGGAGGAAGUAGGCCUACCUGGAACAGGAGAAGCCCUGACGCCUGAAGCAAGUGGUAGGGUAGAUGGCGAGGCAAACGGUGAAGAUUUCUGCGGUUCAAAGGUCGCCAUGAAACAAAGUUCAAAACUCGUUUCAGAUAAUGAUUUGCAACAAAGUACUUCCGACGUGGACAGUCUAGUCAUGCGUGAUGUGGGCAGUGACAGUCAUUACUUUGUGCUGGAGCCUCACUGCACCUCAGACUCAAGUGAUAACAGCAGUGAGGGGGAGGAUGGGGAUGAUGCUUGUACACUUUAAGAGGAUCGCUGGUGGUGAGACAUAGAAAGUGAUCCGUACAUAAAGAGAUAUAUAAAGAAAUAUUAGAGGAACAUUGUGUGUCCAAGUAACCAAAGCUUGACAAUCAAGACGAUGCUUCUAUUAUGGUGAUGUGGCGUUAUCUACAACGGUGACCGCCUGCAACAGUUUUGGUUGUCCUCAUUAUUUAUUUCUACUUGCAUCGAGCUAUAAACACGACCAGAUUCAAUCUUCCUGAAACAGUGAACGACACAUUAUAUCUUCCUGAAACAGUGAACGACACAUUAUAUCUUCCUCAAGCAUCGGUUGACAGAUUAUAUCUUCCUGACGCACUGAAUGACAGAUUAAAAUUAGAUCUUCAUGAAACUUUGGUUGACAGAUUUGCACUCCCAUAAAAUACCAACAUUUUAUUCCCAAAUGUUUUCUUAAAGUUACAAAGAUCAUACAUUUUACAAACAAAUUUACACGGUAACGUGUAUGUGAAUUUCUUUUAAUUUGAGUUGAAUUGUAUCACUAAAUGACAAUUGACACCAGUGUUUAAACAUGUAUUUGUUAUUCGAUUGUUAAAAAGGAUUUUAAAGGUAGAUUUAGCUCAAAAUUAUUGCACACAUACGCUGCUAAGAGCAGAGCCGUUGAACUAGUACAGUUAAGUGUUCAAGGGCUGAAAUGUUUUAACAAAGGCAAGUUAGCUGAGAGUCAUAUUCUAUCACCUGCAUUAGCUGAGAGUCCCAUUCUAUCAUCUGCAUUAGCUGAGAGUCCCAUUCUAUCAUCUGCAUUAGCUGAGAGUCCCAUUCUAUCAUCUGCAUUAGCUGAGAGUCCCAUUCUAUCAUCUGCAUUCUGCAUUAGCUGAGAGUCCCAUUCUAUCAUCUGCAUUAGCUGAGAGUCCCAUUCUAUCAUCUGCAUUAGCUGAGAGUCCCAUUCUAUCAUCUGCAUUAGCUGAGAGUCCCAUUCUAUCAUCUGCAUUGGCUGAGAGUUCCAUUCUAUCAGAAAGUCUCACAAAAUUCAGCAGCUCUAAUUUUAUAUAGCUGACCAAAACAGAGAAAGUCUGCGUGCUGCGAACUUGUGGCGUAAAGUUUUUUACAAACCAAGAAUGCAGGAAUACAUAUUCUGGUGGCGUGUUGCUCUAUUAGCGCAGUAUCAAGCGCUUGCAUUCAGCCUUCAGUAUUCAAAUGUCCGUAUGAUAAUUCUUUGUUUUAAAAAAAUAGAAAUUAAAGUUAAUGUUGUUAUUCUAGAGCAAGGGCCGCACGACCCCCCAUGGUUGCACAGCGCCUAAGGUCUUGUUGGAAAUGGGUCUCUGUGUACAUACUCUUAAGUUUCCAUUUUCCAGCACAACGAAGUUCUAAAAAAAAAUAAGUGGGGUGGGUUGGAGGUUUGGGGAUGGGGGGUGUAUUUUAAAGUAUAUGUUACCCUAUAGAUUUGUUUCCCAUUAUAUUGUGAUAAUGCAUUUUGCUGUAACAGUCCUGUUGAUAUUUAUAUGUUUCAAUUGAACUGAAAGAUUUUAUUUCAAGUCAUUGCUUCUUUAAUGUUAAACAAUAAAACAACAUUCCAUUG